AUGUACGAUGAAAAUGAUGAAGAUUUUAGUUCUAAUGAGGCCUAUAAGCUGGACGAAUGGGUUUUUAAUCAUGUGGAGGCGUUUUUCAACAAAGCGAAGAACGAUUCUAACUUAUGGAAAAGUCUCUCAACGGAUAGAAAUGUAUUCUUCCUGCAUCUGCUUGGAUUAGACACAAAUGGUCAUGGCAACAAACCACAUUCUAAAGAAUACGUUGAGAAUAUUGCAGUCGUGGAUCGUGGCAUAGAACGCACACAGCGUGUAAUCAAUGAUUAUUUCAAUGAUCACGCCACAGCUUGGAUAUUCACAGCUGACCACGGUAUGACGGAUUGGGGUUCACACGGAGCAGGCAGUGAUGAAGAGGUUUUUAUAGUUUUACAAUUGGUAUCUGAUCCCCCCUUAUUCCCAUCUAGGUUCUGA